GCAAACCAUGACAAAAAAAUCUCCCCUUAAUUAAUUUAAUUUAAAGCCAGUAACAGAAGAGACUUCAGCUUAUAAAAACCCCAUUACCCAAGUAAAAAACCAAGAAAUAUUUCAAAAUGCUGACCGCCUGCCCGGAUGAGCUGCCCAAUCCGCACAAGAACUGCCUGAACGAGAUGCUGCAGGCGCUGAUCUGUAACGACAACGAUGUGAAGCGACUGAACACGGAGUUGCGCAACAUGAAAGUGGAGCUGCAGGCUGAGAUAGACAGAAUUAACAAGGCGAAUAUUAAGUGUGGAAAGGAGUACAAGGGAAGGGGACCCGUAGUUUGUGAGAGCAUUGAGGACAUGACCCAGUUUGCACAGCGGAUCAACAGCCUGGAUGAGGUGAAGACCCACUUCAACCGACGCAGCGAGGAGAUGCGGAAGCGGCGCGACAAUAUAAUUGUCUACGCUCGCCAGUGUCUAAAUGCCUACAACGAGGAGAAGUGCAAGUUCAAGUCCUUUCACGAGAAUACAGUGGACUACAUAAAGCGAACGGCAACCCUAUCCGAGGACGCGGAAGUGAUCCGAGGUUGCGAGAAGGAUGUGUGUGAGCUGCACAAACGCUUUGUCCGGGAGGUGGCCAACCUGAAGAACUGCGAGGCAGAGUUGUUGCCCUUCUUCAAGCUACUGAAGGAGUCCGAUCCAAAGGUCCAGUGUGAGUGCUGCUGCCUCAAGGAGUACGACUGGAUGCCGCAGGGCAAGAACCUGGAGGCAGUCGAUAGGCUGGCCGGCGAGAUCAAGGAGCAGAUGGGCGAAGUGCUUACUCGAGCCUUCGCUCAGCUUCAUCUUCAUUCGCCACAGGAUCCACGCGCCUUCAUUGCCGGCUACUUGAUGAACUUGGAUCGCAACGAGCAGGAGAUGAAGGCCAAGCUUGACAUCUUCCAGGCGGAUCCUGUUGUGGAGUCCCAGGAAUUGUCCGACCCUAUUUUCCGCUGUGAUGAUGCUUGUCUGGAAACCGAUAAGUAGAGCAUUUGAUUUGAGUUCCAAUUGAGUUUUAUUUUUUGACUUGCAACUAAAAAACAUGUGCCAAAAUUGUGAGAAGUUAAAUCUAUAAAAAGCCACGCUUCAAGUCUUA